CGCCGGCGCCCAGAAGGUCAGCGUGUGGGGAAGGUGGUGGUAACGCGGGUCUCCCCGCUGUAGGCGAGGAGCUACGGCCGAGCCGACGACCCCAGCCUGAGGCGGCGGUGAGAAGCAGACGAGCGGCUUGCUGCGACACCAUGGAGGGCGGCGGGGGAAGCGGCAACAAGACCACAGGGGGGUUGGCCGGCUUUUUCGGAGCCGGCGGAGCAGGCUACUCGCACGCGGAUUUGGCCGGCGUCCCGCUAACUGGUAUGAACCCUCUGUCUCCUUAUUUAAAUGUGGAUCCACGAUAUCUUGUGCAGGAUACAGAUGAGUUUAUUUUACCAACUGGAGCUAAUAAAACCCGAGGCAGAUUUGAACUGGCCUUCUUUACCAUUGGAGGAUGUUGUAUGACAGGGGCUGCAUUUGGAGCAAUGAACGGUCUCCGGCUUGGAUUGAAGGAAACCCAGAACAUGGCCUGGUCCAAACCAAGAAACGUGCAGAUUUUGAAUAUGGUAACUAGGCAAGGAGCGCUUUGGGCUAAUACUCUAGGUUCUCUGGCUUUGCUUUAUAGUGCAUUUGGUGUCAUCAUUGAGAAAACACGAGGUGCAGAAGAUGACCUCAACACAAUAGCAGCCGGAACUAUGACAGGCAUGUUGUAUAAAUGUACAGGUGGUCUUCGAGGCGUAGCACGAGGUGGUCUAACAGGACUAACACUUACCAGCCUCUAUGCUCUAUAUAACAACUGGGAGCACAUGAAAGGCUCCUUGCUCCAACAGUCACUCUGAAAAUUUUGCCAGCUUGUGAAUGGAGGACACUUUAGUAGUUAUCCAGAUCAAUUUAUAAGUCAGUCUGGAGUUAUUCUCUCUUCUGCCUACAAUUAGUUUGAAAAAUUGGGGAUUCCAGUUUGCUGUGAUGAAGACCAUGGAUGUUUGACCAGGACUGGCAUGCCUUCCAGCCAUUAAUGAGUUGAAGCCAAAACCCUUUGGUGGCUGAGUAAUGUGGUUCUCUUCUCCUUUGAAGAAGAUCUUGCACCUGUUCUCUCCUACCCCCUGAACUGGACAGCCACUUACUCCCAGAGUUCAGGUCAUGCUUGUCAUCCAUACUGUAAUACCACGUUUGUUCAUUUAAUGAUUCAAAAGUAUAAUAUUGCCCUGUAUUCCCAAUAAAGGGUGAAAACAGAACCAAAGUCAUAACUCCAACAUAAACAAAGUGGGCAUCUCCAUUAAAAGAUCUUUCUGGGUAUAAAGUGAAAA